UAUAUUUUCGUGUGUUUGUUGUAUGUGUAAUAGCUUUUAAAUUCAAGUAUUCUCUCAACAUCUAGAAGAAUCGCCAAAAAAUUGUAAGCUGUUGACAGCAAUUAAUCGCGUACGUUUUUCGUCGCUCUUUUUAUAUAUAUAAAUGAAAAACAUGUUCAUAGAAAUAAUAAGUACAUAUGCAGUAAUACUUUGUUUUAUUUGUUGGGGUUAAGUUUGCAGAAGUACGUUGUUGUUACCGCUUUUGCAUCUUAAAAACUCUCGAAUCUUAGCUAGCUUGCCUUGCGCUCUUCGUCAAAGCUGUAAGGCAAGGCUGUUACAGUUGACGAUUUAGAAAGAACAAAGCCUUUUCUUUAAUGUAUUUGGGGAGUAUUAAUUCAGUAUCAAUCAUAUGCCGAUUAAUCACACCACGGACUGACUUCAAAGGAACUGGGAAUUUUCCGGCCACCAUUAAUCACCGGCCGGCAUGAACCUAGCUCUAAAACUGUGUGUUACUUAUUAUGUUGUUUUCAUGGCCCAAUUGUCAAUCACUGCUGUACUCGUUUUAUCGAAUGAGAUUGAAGACUACUAUCCAGACGAAAGAGAUGCUUUGAUGCAACUGAGAGAUUUUGUGAAUUCUACCUCCGAUUUGCAUGGAAAUUGGACAGGUCCUCCUUGUAUCAACAAUCUGAGCAGAUAUGUAGGCAUUGCUUGUUCGAAUUGGCACGUGACAAGCCUCGUCUUAGAAGGAAUACAGAUCACAGGUUCCCUCCCACCUCAAGCAUUCCUGCAAAACUUGACUCAUCUAAGUAAACUCAGCUUUAGAAAUAAUUCAAUCUAUGGCCCUCUUCCCAAUCUCACCAAUCUCUUGAACAUUGAAUUCUUGUUCCUUUCACACAACCGGUUCUCGGGUUCAAUCCCAUCAGAGUACACUCGAUUGCCCAAGUUAAGCCAGCUAGAGCUGCAAGAGAAUGAUCUUGGUGGUGGAAUCCCAGCUUUUGAUCAACAAACUUUGACGGUUUUCAAUGUCUCCUACAAUCGUCUUGAAGGCCCAAUCCCAGACACUGAUGUGCUUCAAAGAUUCCCAAAAAGUUCUUAUGAUAAUAAUUCUGAUUUGUGUGGCAGACCUUUGGGAAUUCAGUGUCCAGCUCCUCCUCCUAAUCCAGCUCCUGCACCUUCUCCUUUGCCGACUCCAUCAAACCACAAGAACAAGGGGCCUCUCCAACUGUGGAGUAUUGUCCUAAUUGUAGCUGCAGCAGUUCUGGUUCCUCUCUUCGUCAUGCUUGCUGUUUUCUUGUGCCGUCGUAGGAAACAACAUGGAAAGGAAGCAAAAAGGGAUCAGCCUGCAGGAGAAGUUUUGGCAGAGGGUGGAAGAAAGAAAAGGCAUUGGUCGGAAAGCACUGAGGAUCCUGAAAGGACUGUAGAAUUAGAGUUUUUGGACAAGGAUAGACCGGUGUUUGACUUGGACGACUUGCUAAGGGCAUCAGCAGAAGUGAUGGGGAAGGGGAAAAUAGGGACUACAUACAAAGCAUUGCUGGAAUUGGGUCCUGCUGUCGCUGUGAAGAGAGUUAAAGACAUGAAUGGACUGAGCAAGAAGGAAUUUAUCCAGCAAAUGCAAUUGAUAGGAAAAAUGAGCAAGCAUGAAAAUCUUGUCGAGAUUAUUUCUUUCUACUACUCCAAGGAGGAGAAGCUAGUUAUAUUCGAGUUUGUUCCCGAUGGAGAUUUGUUUGAGCUCUUACAUGAGAACAGAGGAGUUGGAAGAGUACCAUUGAAUUGGGUAACAAGGCUAUCUAUAAUCAAAGACAUAGCCAAGGGUCUCAAUUUUCUACACCAAUCCUUGCCUUCACACAAGGUGCCUCAUGCCAACCUUAAAUCUUCAAAUGUACUUAUAAUGAAGCGCGACAACCAAAACUACCAGUCGAAGCUCACAGACUUUGGCUUCUUGCCCCUCCUGCCAUCGCGAAGAUCCUCCCAAAAGCUGGCUGUUGGGAAAGUACCCGAAUUCUCUCAAGGGAAGAAGUUGACACACAAAGCCGAUGUGUACUGUUUCGGCAUUAUUGUUCUAGAGGUCAUUACUGGGAAAAUCCCAGGUCAAAUCUCAGGUGGAAUUGAAAAUAAGUUGGUGAUUGAUGAUCUUUCGGAUUGGGUGAGAACUGUUGUUAACAACGAUUGGUCAACAGAUAUAUUGGAUAUGGAGAUAUUGGGAGCAAAAGAAGGGCAUGAUGAGAUGUUGAAACUCACAGAGAUAGCUCUGGAGUGUACGGACAUGGCACCAGAGAGGAGGCCAAAGAUGAGUGAAGUGUUGAGAAGAAUAGAAGAUAUUAUACUUCAUCAGACAAGUGAAGGAACAGAAUCAUUAAAUUAAAUAGAUGGUGAUGUAGAGUUAGUUACAUAAGAAUAGCUUUUUCCAUUAAUUCUUUGAAGAGCUUUUGUUUGUGCUUUUUAAGAGUGUCUCAAUUCCAACAUAAGCUGUUGACAUUGAUUCUUUUCGACUUGUGAUCCAUUGUUUUCUGUGAAUAAUGAUACUUGUAAGUUGUUUGAUCACAUUAUGUAUCAAAGGAGAAUUUUACUUUUGGUGUGA